GGAAGUUAUUCACAGAAGCGCCCUCGUCCAACAAAGGCUGGAAGGAGAGGUGGUGCUAUGUCAGGAUUGCCGAGAGCCCUUUCCCGAUGGAACUUAGGGAUCGCUUUCGUCGGCAUCCGAAGGUCGGAAGCGCUGCUUUGGAGAAGGAUGGCUCGAUAAUAGCCAAGAUUCCGGCGGGCCGCACGAAGCAAGUGUCCAUCAAGGACUUCACUGCUGACAAGGAGCUCUUUGCCCUCGGCUUCCGCAGAUAUCGCUUCCUUGGCGAAACAGACGAGAAGUAUCCUGUGCUGACAGGAGGUAGUCUCCGAGGGCUUCCCCCCUUUUUUCUUUUUUUUUUGUACUUAGGAUUUCCCCCUUUUCUUUUCUUUCGCUCUUUUCCCCUUCGGUCUGACCCUUUUGUUUUUUGUUUGCAGGAGUUAACAUGGAUGCCGACAAACUCUUCGCCCUGAAGAAGAAGAAAGGCAAGUCCCAGGCCCAAAAGAAGGACCCUUCGGUCCAACCGCCCGUGGGAGCCUUCUUCCAAAAAGAGGUCCCGGAGCCCUCUGCUGUGGAGGGGAUCGUUGGUGUGGCGGAGGGGGCCACGAAGAAGAAGGGGGGCAAGGUGGUUGAGCCCCGGCCAAGAAGCAGCGGGGCACAGGGGGCACUGUCGCCCAGGAUGCCCCCUUGGUGGUCAUCGAGGACCGCCCCUCUCCGGACCCCCCGGUUGAUACUGCGGUGAUGGCCCAAUCCAUUCCUCCCCUGAGAAGCCCCCCUCGGAAGAUCCUGCAGCUCUCUCUGGCCCCGGGGGGCUUCUGUUCUACACGGCUCGGCGGAGCCGAAAUCUUUCCUGAGGGGGAUUACCUCGGUGAUGGACAAGGUUACCCUCCCCACUUACGAUGACGAGGCCCUCGAGAACAGGAUCCUCCAGUCUUCGCUAACUGCUUGCAUAGCCCUCGGGGAGCACGCGCGGAGGCUUGAGCAAUGGUGCCUCCGGAAGGCGGAACAGGACCGGGAGAUGAAGGAGCUCGUCCUGAAGAACUCCGAGGCCGUGAAGCAGAUGGCAAUGCUGGAGGAAGAUCUCCGGAAGGCUGCCGAGGGCAAAGCUGCAGCGGAGGAAGUCGGGCAGGAGGCUGAGAGGGCAGCCAAGAAAGCUGCCGAGGAGGCGGAGACAGCUAAGGCCGAGGCCAUCGCCAAAGCCCGAGAAGAAGCUGUCGCCGAAUUCAUGGCCGAGGGCUGGAAAGCCGAAGAUAGGCGGCAGUGGGUGGCCUCGGUCGUGGAGUCAUCAGUAGACGACUGGGUGAAGGGCCCCGGGGGAGACUGGAUGGCGGAGAAGGGAGAUAUUUACUACCAAGGGGGUGAAUUCUUCACUCAGCACCUUGUGUAUCGGCGGCUGGCCGGACACUUCCAAGUCUCCCUCGAGGAAUUCGACCCCUCAGCGUAUGGCCUUCCUCCUUUGCAGCCAGACGUGAGAAACCCCCUCCCCCCGGGCGAAGAGAGGCCCGUGAUCCAUGACUCCAUGAUGAUGGGGGGAUUCGGCGAUGGUGAUGCCGAGGACGCCAUCGGGGAGGAGGUCACCUCGAAGCCCGCCGAGGAGACCACGGCAGAAGAAAACACUUGCACUUAGUAGCUUUUGAAUAUCUUUGCUUUUUUUGUAAUGACUAUUCGUGUACUCUCGGCCUCGGCCAUAUUGUAACAUAUGUACUUUAACUCCUCCCUGAAUGAAUGAAUGUUUGCCUUCGGGGUUUUUGCAUAGUUC